AUGCCAGAACCACUUUCAGCUGAGUUGAACUACAUUGAGGAGCUGCUUAAGGGACUUGAAAGGUCGAGUGAUGAUAAAAAGACAUUGCUCAGUUUACACAAAUCUUUCUCUGGUGAUGCUGAUGACUUAUAUGCAAAGUAUCUAUCGGAGAGCGCAGAUCGAUGGGAAAUUAUUUUUGCCGCAUCAAGAGCACUAAAUGAGGACCGAGAGAUUGGGUUGAUUACAGCCUUCUUUCUUGAUAAAGGUUCUACGAUAAUGGUAAGGAAGUACGGGAACUCCGCAAUCCAUAAAAGUUUCUGCAACUUAGUACAGGAUCAUUUUGUCAUUAGUACAGUUGCAAACCAGCUACUUUGGCAUCAAUAUGACGAAACACUGGAGGCGCAGAUAGUCAAAUCACUUUUGGCGUUCAUCAGGUGCCUUAAGCUACUUGAUACACAAGAUCAAAAAGUCUCUAGUAAGAUUUUUUGUGAUAGCGUAUUGCGGCUUAAAGCACCCGGUUUCUUUACUGUUUUGACCAGUAUAUUGGAGAAUGCACACCGAUACGAUGAAGACUUGGUAUGGUCAACGGAGAGGUGUGUCGUAGACUUGGCUACCAUCAGCAUGUCGUUGAGAUUUUGUGAUAUGGAAAAUCUAGAGGGCACUCUGACAUCGACGAUGUUGGAACUGCUAGAUAGACAUUUUAAGGUAAAAGAAUACGAGAUAGGAAUUAAAGAUACUUUUGAUGGAGCUGAAGAGAGCAGAUCUGGACUGUCAAUAACAAAUGCGCUUGAUAUUAUUGUGUUUUUAAGGGAUGCGAAUGUAUCAUUUCGCAAGAAGUACCUAGAACGGCUACUCUUCGAAGAACAUGCCUUCCCCAUCGUCCAAGGAUUAUCUUGGCUUUCAGAUCAGCUAUCGAUAACUUUCAGUCAAUAUUUUUCCCAAGAGAAAGUCGAUCGCUUCAUUAUGCAGUGUUUCCUAAACAAAGACGUCUUGAUAUUUUCUCUGGUUGACAAGCUUAUGGAUUUAUGGAUCGAGUCCCGUGCACAAAGUUUUGACGACUUCAACUCGAUUCUUGAAACAUUUAAGGUAGCAUUUUUUUUACAAGAUUCAUUCCUCGGUUCCCAAGAAUCCGAAAUCGGGAAUUGUUUGGCAAACGUUCGAUUGCUGUCUUACGAAAAACUUCGGGAUCUUCAAUUGAGACAAAUUAGAACAGCUCAUCACAAAAAAUGGGAGCGACAAAUAUCUACUUUCGACUCCAUGUUGUCAAAUCAAGUGCUUGAGUAUGUGCGCCACCAACGUCUGUUGCAGUUACAAAAGGGUGCUUGGGUGUAUAGCGAUAAUCCGCUAGAUCGUAACGUGAAGCAGCCAAAAGUUUAUUACGUUGUUCUUUCCGAUAACCAAAUGAACCUCCUGGCUAAAGAGUACAGGGCGAAGUGUGAAGAAAGUCCUGCUGUGGUUGGUAAUGACAUUGUAAGCACCGAUGGCUCUAAAGGUAAAACUACGGUAAUUCCCGUCAGGCGGGUACACAAGUUCCAGCACUGGAAAGUUCAAGCCGACAGCAAAGUACCCGUUAAUGCAAAACUGAUAAACAUACUUAAUAAAGCUGUUUACACGGAAAUUCAUCUUCUUGAUAAGGAUGAAUCAGUUAUGUUGACAUUUUUUUUAGACAGUCGAGAAGCAUCUUAUAUUUGGCUCGAUGGAUUACAGUUAAUAGUGGCCGCGGCACAGGGCAAAGAACCCUCCCUUUCCGAUGACCUGAAAUCUCAGAUCUCAAAUCUCAUUGACCUGAGGAAAAAUGUGCAGAUAGUCGGUCUAGACAAAACAAUUUUGAAUGAACAUGAUUCGGAUUUGAAGGCGGAAGAACAGUACUACGAUUUAGAAGUACUACAAGCUUUGACCACGGACUUCCACUAUGACUGA